AUGAAGGAAGUUAAAACCCAGGUAAAGGCUGGUGUUGACAUGGGAGCAAUCUGGAAUGCUCUGACUCAAGACAUGAGAUUUAUCAUUCCAAAGAUUGUCCCAAAUUUAGUGAAGGAAGUGGAGGUUGUUGAAGGAGAUGGUGGUCUUGGUUCAGCCCUGCUUUUCAAGUUCGGCUCUGGUGAGUCUUUGCAUGCAGCUUCAAAGGAGAAAAUUGUGGAGGUUGAUGAGAGUUUGCAUAGAUUUUCACUGCAAGUGGUUGAAGGAGGUCACCUGAAUCUGGGUUUUUCUGCCUAUAAAACAACUUUCCGGUUGACUGCAAUUGGAGAACAGCAGACUUCAAUCGAUGUCAUAGUGGCAUAUGAGUCAGAAGCUCAAACUACCAACCCAUCAAAGACCACUGCUGCUGCAUUAGCCUUUAUCAAGUGCCUGGAAAAUUAUCUAUUAAAAGGAGCUUCCUAG